AUGGCCGACACAGCACCGGCUCCAACAGCCGCGACCGCGACCACCGGAGUUGCAGCGCCCACAGCCGGCGCAACAGCAGGAGCACCGAAUGCGCCCGCAGAUCAGAAUGCCGCGAGUCGCGGGCUACCUUACUACGAGAAACUGCGCCGCGAGCUGCGGGACACGCUGCAGAAAAAGCGCUUAAUGGAUAAGAGCAUGGCCCAACUCGAAGACCAAAUCUUCCGCUUCGAACAGUCAUACCUGGAAGAAACGACCGCUGGAAACAUCAUCAAGGGCUUUGACAACUAUAUCAAAGGCUCUGCGAAUGGGUCGAGUCUCGGCGCCGCGGGACUGGGUCUGGGCAGCAGUAUGGGCGGGUCGAGGCGAAAGGCGCAGGUGACGGAAUCGGAUCGAGUUUUCUCGCGCAGCUCGGCGAGUUACAUGAUGGAUUCCCCAGGUCCCUCCUCUGUACAAACCACGCCUUCCCACGCAGCAACGCCGACAUCUACGACUGGAAACGGCAUGUCCAUGAAGAUUGACCCGCUAACCGUUUCUGCCGGGAUGAGGAACUCGAACGGCGCAUCAAAAAACAAAAAGAAGGCGACUGGUGGGUCGAAGAAUACGAAGGGCAAGAACCAGACCGAGGAUAUUUCCGACGAGGACAAGCCUUCUGUGAAGCGGUUGAAGAUCAGCUACGGCAGAGACUGA